AUGAAAGCACAGCCGGUGCUGGCCGGGGCGGCGGCGGCAGGUGAAUACUGUAGCCUCUUGAAAGAAGGGGACGUCAUCCAGAAAUGGAAUGAAAACUGCUAUUGUUAUGUGCAAAACAGAACCCUGCACUUACAGUACAUUUGGUCAACUGUACAGGUAAAAAUCAACAGCACAGAACCAUUCAGGUUUGUGCCUACUUCAGAAAAAAGCAACUGUCAUAACUCAGAAACUGUUUUUGAGUUUGCUGCGUGUGCUGUUCAAAUCUUCUGGCAACCAGAGACAUCUACAGAAACUUUCCUAAAAAUAAAACAAUAUGGAGAGGAUAUUUGCUUCAAAAUACAGCCCCUCAAGAAAGAACUGUACAUCGUGACUGUGAAACGAGAAAUGCUAGAUGGAAAGCUCUUGUUUUUGUUUGUAGCUGGAAUUUUUCUGUUCCAUUCUGCAAACAGUCUGAGCAGGAGUACCAAGUUCUUUUACCUUUCUGGAGCAAUACUGGGUGUUCUUGCUCUGCUAGUCUUUGUCCUGUUGACGCUUAAAAGAUUUAUUCCAAGGCACAGUACCUUCUGGAUAUUAAUGACUGGCUGCUGGAUGUCCUCUCUCUAUGUUAUUUUCUGUUUCAAAGAAAAUAUGGAGUGGUUGUGGUCCGAACACAGGAAAUACUUGCUGGGGUAUUUUCUGGCUGUUGGAACGAGUAGCUUUGCCACGUGCUAUCAGCAUGGACCGCUCACCAGUGAACUGAGCAUAACCUUAUUCACGUGGACGCUGCAAUUAACAGCCUUUGUCUUGAUUUACUGCGGUGUCACCAUACCUCAAGUUGCAUAUGCAAUAAUAGCAGCCAGCCUCUGCUCAAAAGGCCUGUGCUAUCCCCUCGGUGCUGCUUGCAACAUAGGCAGAAAAAUGAAGAACCGCUUGCAAUCAAAAAAGCUAGUGUUUAGAUGGCUUACUGAAGAAGAAUACCGAGAGCAAGGUGAAGCAGAAACUACCAGAGCUCUGGAGGAGCUGCGCUCACUCUGCAGGAACCCUGACUUCCCAUCAUGGCUAGCAGUAUCCAAACUCCAGUCCCCACAUCGGUUUGCAGGUUUUGUUCUGGGAUCCCCCCACGUCUCACCUGCAGAAACAAAGGAGCAUGACAAGGAGUACGGCUUCGGGAGCUUCUUCCUGGAAGAGCAGCUCUUUGACACAAGGGUGGAAUCUGAGCGGGAUGAGACAGAAAACUCCAUCCAUGAAGAAGAUGAUGUGGACGAAGAUGAAAUACGUGACAUUUCAUUUCCAUACGCUACUGAGUUGCUCUGAGUUUUGGAAAACACCACAACAAGGGAGAAAGGGAAAAUGUAUUUGUCCCAGAAUGGAAGACUGCAGACUAAGAACUCAUACCUGGUGACUUCUUGUGGAUGCUGGGGGACAAACAAACAUUUCUGAAAGACUAUUUCCUGUAUCGCUGAUGUUGCCUGAUUAGAGCAGCAGAAGGAAACCAUCAAGAGGAUCUCAUACUAUUGGUACUUAACUGGGAAACGUUGCUUCUUCUCAAAGCAAGUACCAGCAGCAGGCUGUCCCAUGGUGAUGCCUUGCUUUGCCAAGGAUACUACCUCUAGUAAACACAGCAUCUUUUUUAGCCCCAGUCAUUGUCAAGUCCUCUGUGCUGAGCACUUGAGGAAAGAAAGCCAUUAUUAGUGCUCUACUUUUACUAAGUAUCCUACAUGGUAGCAAAUUUAAUAAUGCUGUUAGUUUGCUGAUAAGCUGUUUUUAUUCCUCAUCUGACUUUUCAGUGCUAAAGAUCCAGAGUUGAGCAAGGUUCGUUUGCUCUUCUGGCUCAGCUUGUCUCUUAAAUUCAUUUUGCAUCCUCCAUUUGUUUUAAGUUCCUCUCAGUCUUCAGAACCUUGCCUGAGCCUUUGCCCCUCUGCUUGCAUUGUUCUGUUCAAGGUCUCCGUGCUCUAGUUAUGCUGUACGUUGUUCUUUCCAUGCCUGUUUGUUCACACCCUCUUCUUCCCUCUUUCACAGGUCUCUCCACAGAUCCUUUCUUCAGUCUUCUACUUGUCUCUCUCAGACAACUGCAGGUGACUUAGAUUUCCCUCCCCACGUACAUUUUUCAGCUGCUUUCCAUUUCAUCCUUCCCUUAGCUCAGAAGGGUACUGCCCUCCGCUCAGCCCUCUGAACAGCCUAGAAAAGGCAACAGACACCAAGGCCGUUUGAUCUGCUCGAAGGAACAGCUGAGCACAGCCAUGUAGUUGGGAAUACAGAUGACCCACACGUGGCUCCACUGUCUUCAAGUAAUUAACUAAUUCAGUACAAAGCAGAAAAGUAAUUCCUGGCAAAACAAGGAGGAAGGGAUACCUGGCUCCUACCUCCCCGUGCAUCCUUCUUUUGGACUUACCGCAGGAGGUGCAUGCUAAGAACAGGGACAGAAGGUUAAGACAGUGAGAUGUCUUUCAGCCCAUGUACUACACAGUACGAGGUAUGGGGAUCUAUCACAUCUCCUAAGUUCAUCCACCUGCAGAGGUCAUUUUCUGCUUUUGUUCUUCAGACUAUCCCUAUGUUCCUCUGUCCUCACCUUGCUGUUUUCCUUUACUGCCUCCAAACUGCAGAGAACACAAGACCAUUACUUCUCCCGCCACCUGAUCUUAGAAAUCCACCAGGAACUGCCUGUGGUGGGGAGAAGUUUGCUCUCCAGAGGGAGAUUUCAGACCAGACUGUAUUUGUUCAAGGGGAUCUCUUUUCUUUGUAACGUGCCUAAUGCCGCAGCGUGACCUCAGCGGUGGUUCCCCAUUGCCCAUCUCUGGGCAAGGGUGAAAACCCACUACCUCUAACUAAAAAGUGCUAAAACGUGCUGUCAUACCGCAUUCCAGGAGCUCCUCCGUAUAGAAUGUGACUCAGAUCCCGUGCCUGGAAGUACCACUUAGGCAGCCCUUCCUCAGUUACUUCGUUACGAGGUUGCUUCACUUCAGAAAGAAUGCUUCCAUUGUACACUCAAGAGACAACUAACACCUUUUUGUGCCAUACAUUUAUAAAUACACAAACGCACCAUCUAUAGCAUAUUUAAGGGAGAGAAACCCUGUCAAGCAGGUGCUCCAAAAUACAUUCACUUGUAAGGCCACAGUAUUAAAAAACAGGCCACUAGCUUACGAGCUACCUGUAUGAGAGGCUGCUGCUACCAAGUCCACAGUUAAGUUACCACCCAGACUCAAAUGUCAGGCUUGGCCAAGUAGGUUCUGUCACCAGGAUGAAGUUGUUUUCUGUAAUAAGUAAUUGUAAGUGUACUUUUUAACUGACUACGAAUUCCCAUCCAUGCAACUUGAGGCCAAGCUGGAGAAUCAGAUUUAUCCUAGAGUCAACCCACGUUUUUUUUCUGGAUUUCCUCUUUUUACUGAGGCAGUGGUUAUCCUGUUAUAAGUAUAAAAUACAUAUUUAUAUAUGAUAGCCAGAUAAUAUAUUAAGGUAACAUUUUAGCUAUGUGAUAUAUUAAGUGGAAAAAUAGGCUGUGUCAUUUUUCAGACACUUUCCCUUUUGCUAAAUCAUUUAGAACAAUACCAGACAAACCUAUUCCAACAGGGAGGAAAAAACCAAACACCUUGCAGUUUAUAAAGUUCAUCACUUGCCAGAGACAGGUAAAUACUAUCCAAAGUAGAGCAGGAAACUACUAAGCACAUCCAAAACAGAAGUGCAGCAAGAUACCAGAAAGAUGACUACUGUAGUGGAUAGCUGAUACUGACCUUAAAAAUCCUCCCAAGCCUGUUCCAACACUGGAAGCAUUUCAUCAUCAACAAAACCUACCAGAAUCAACUGCUGUCAUUUGAGCCCUUGGCCAACAGCGAGUUUACCUGCGCAGUGUCCUGGGAUGUAUGGAAUUACAUAGGUUAAGUGGAACACUACUGGCAAGUGGUGUCCAGAGUUCAAGCAGAAAGCCUGAGAACAGAAUCUUGAUGUCAACCCACUGCCUUAACUAUCACAGCAGCCUUUCUUCCGAAACAAAGAAUGAAUUACAUUUAUCUUCUGUUUCAUUGUUCAUUAAAAGACAGUUAGAAUUUCAUAUUUAUUUUGUAUUGUACACUAUACUUGACACACUGCAUUGUACUUUCAGGGUUUUUAAUUAAAGUAUUUUUCAGCUA